GGACAAAAGAGUUUCGGAUAGAAGAUUUUGGAUGAAUUCAAAUGAAACCAAUGGUUUCGGUGAGAAUCACAAAAAUCCGGACUUGGAAGCCGAUUUCAAGAAGACCCUGCAGCACAUACUCCAUUGCAGCUUCAAUUCCAAAACUUGCAACUAUUCUGAUUUCAAGAGGGACGGGUUUGGAAGCUGUCUCAUUUUCAAUGACGAUGGAGUCAAGACAGUCAAGCGCCGCUCGGAAAGACAGGGGACAUCAUCAAUCAUCAGCGGCAUGGGAUCCUCCGAUGGACUGCAACUUAUAUUGAAACCUCAUGUCUGGGACCAAAAGAAUCUCAAUUUGGCGACCGGAUUCCGUCUCCAAAUUCAUUCUCCUGGAGCAGAAUACGAAACUAUAUUUGGAAAGGAAUGUGAGGUAAACUUGGGAACGAUUUCACACGUCACUCCCAAGAAGCUGGUAUUGCAGCGCCUUUCUCCAGACGAAGGUGGAGAUUUUGCUCCAGCUUCCUACCUCGAAAAGCGGGGCCUCCUGGAUUCUGCGGGGGCCCCCUGCGGCCGCAGGGGUAUUCGCGCCGGCCUGUGUCAGAGGAAGCAGUGUUCACUCCAGUCAUACCAAGUCUCUGUAUUGGUGGAAAUCGACAUGGAUACCGAGAAUAUCUCUUCUGGAAGAGCGAAUUACGGCUACCAACAACAUUCCCUGGAGAAGACCAUCGAAGAAGAUGAGAAAAUCAGAACAGAAAGCAGUGAAACGGUGAAAAAGGCUUCUCAGAUCGAAGAACAGGCCAAUUGA